UUCUUCUUGAUGUUGCAUGUAAGGUCACCAUGAACACCACCUCACUGAACCAAACACACUGUCCUGAAGUUAAAGUCCCAGUGCCCCUGUUCUUCAUCAUUGGAGUAGUUAGCUUAGCAGAGAACCUCCUGGUAUUGAUAGCAGUGAUCAGUAACAGGAACCUGCACUCCCCCAUGUACUGCUUCAUCUGCAGCCUGGCCGCCUUCAAUACGAUGGCGAGUCUGACGAAGAGCUGGGAGAAUCUGAUGCUGCUGCUGGCAGAUGCAGGACAGCUCCAGAGGACAGGCCUGUCUGUAAAAAGACUGGAUGACCUCAUGGACUCUCUGCUCUGUAUGUCCUUCAUGGGCUCCAUCUUCAGCUUUCUAGCCAUUGCUGUGGAUCGCUAUAUCACAAUUUUUCACGCUCUCCGGUAUCACAACAUCAUGACCAUGCGACGGACGGCGGCCAUCUUGGCUUUGAUCUGGAUAGUGUGCGGAGUCUCUGCGCUGCUGAUGAUUCGCUUCUUUGAGUACUUCUUCAUCAGGAUCUGUUUUGUGGUCUUCUUCAUGGUUUCCCUCUCUGCCAUCUGUUUCCUUUACGUGUAUAUGUUCAUGUUAGCUCGAAUCCACGCUCAGAAGAUUGCCUCCCUUCCAAGUGGGGCAACAACGUCCAGCAGGAGGCAAAGACGCUGGGGCAGUAACAUUAGAGGGGUACUUACACUGACCAUUCUGUUUGGGGCAUUUUUGGUUUGCUGGGCUCCAUUUUUCCUCCAUCUUAUUAUAAUGAUGGUGUGCCCAUUCAACCCAUAUUGUGAAUGUUAUAGAUCUUUGUUCCAGCUCCACGUGGUGUUGCUGAUGACUCACGCGCUCAUAGACCCCGCCAUCUACGCUUUUCGCUGUGCCGAACUCAGGCGCACCUUCAGGAAGAUGCUGCUCUGCUCAUCGCUGCUUUGACUCACCAGACAGAGACAAGAAAUUCAACUUAAAGGUGCAUUAUGUAACAUUUCUGGUGGAGAGGUCAGGUCCACAACCUGCUUUCUCCAUGGACAUGUUAUUGCUUUGUCUGGAAAGUUUCACAGUGUGGCUUUAAACCUUUCUAUCAUCACGGAGACACAACCAGGUCAAUUAAUGCUCAGGUAUUUUUGAGCAAUAAAACCACCUGUAAUUGAAUAAAUAUAAGUUAGACCUGCUUAAUGUCAUGUUGUGGAAUAUUUAAAGCAUUGAAAUGACUUACAAGAAGGUUACAUAAUGCACCUUUAAGCCUGCAUAAAUUACAAGCAAAAAAGGGGGAAAUGUGUUGAGGUUGACAGUACAGCUGU